AUGUGGGGUGUUCCUAAAAAACCGCUGCCUCCACCUCAGCAGGGCGUGCCGCGUCGUGGCGUCAGUGUAUCUGUUUUCGAGCAACGCAUGCACAAGCGCAAGCUGGAGGAUGCUCGAUUGGCAGAGCUUCAAGCGGAUGUCCAUCAGACCCGCGUCCAGCAGCAUCUGGCUGACGCCACAGAGAGGAGUGCCCGGCUCAUGGAGGCAGCCCUUGUGAAGCAGCGUGCGGAGGAGCUGCGACAGCAACAGAAAGCACACCUGGAACAGAGACGAAGAGCCCUCCAGGACCUCCUCGACAAAGAACAGAAAAUGUACCAAGCAGAGCUAAAGGCACUGGAGACAACAGCUGAUCAACGAAAGGAACGGCUUAUGGAACGUGCUAGAGAACUAAGACAGAAGAGAGAGAAGGAAAGGGGAGAACUCGCAGAGAAUCUGCAGUACCGAAGAUGGAGGGAAUCAGUCGACGAACUGAGGUCAUCCGAUGCCAAGCUUCACGCUCUGAAGGCCCUAGCUGCCAGGGACGAGCAGGUCUUCCAGAAGGCGCUGGAACGCGACAAGGAAGAACAGCGAGAUAGGAUUUUUGCUGCCCUCUGGCAAGAAGAAUAUGCCAAGAAACUCAAGCGAGAAGAAGAGGAACAGGAGCGCGCCGUACAACAAAGACGAGAGACACGAGUUGCACUGCAGGAACAGCUGGCCCUUCAGGGCGUCAUGAGAGAGAGGGAGAGUGAAGAGAGAAAAAGGGAAAUUACGGAGUUGCGGAAAGCAGAGUGCGAGAGGGCGCUUCAAGACAGACGAAAACGCACAGAGGAGGCCAAGAGAAAUGAGGAGAAGAGACAGGAAUUGAUAGAAGCCAUAGCCGAGCAGAAGAAAGAGAAGGAAGCUCAACGGGAACUAACAUGGGAACUCGAACGACAGUACCUUCAGGCAGAGAAAGAGCAAGAUGCUCUCUUGGAGCGAAAAGAACAGGAAGAGAAGGAAGUGAUUCGUCGCCAUGCAACGGACUACCGCGAGGCGUUACUCCACGACAUGCAGAAGAAGAAAGAAAAUCAACAUGAACUCGAGAGAUUGUAUAUGAAGGAUCAAGAGAAAGACUGGCAGAAACAGGAUGCUCAGAUCCGGCGCGAAGAGGAAGGAAGGCGACGACUGCUUGAGGAGGUGAUCCAGAGCUGCAAAGAGCUUUGUCACCACAAGGCUGUGGAGGCUGAGAGAUUGGCGGAACAGAAGCGACUGGACCUUGCUGUAGUCCAGGAAGACUUUCGUCGAUUCCAGGAAGACGUUGAAAGGAAGAAACUCGCACAGGGACACAUGAAGGCCCGCUAUCGCGAAGAGCUGAACGACCAGCUGAAGCAAGCCACGGCAGCGCGCGAAGCGGAGAAACGUCGAAUAGAAGACGAGUCCGAGGCGCGGAAGAGAGAAGAGCGCAGGAUCGACGAGGCGCUGGAACAGGAGAAAGCCAAGCAGGCGGCUCUUGAAGAGGCGGUCAAAACCAUGAGAGAACAGCAGAAGGCGGCGAUGGACGAGGCCCUGGCGAAACGCACGGCAGCCAAGCCAGCUGUUGUAGUUGCUCCUUGGGAUCGCGAUAGUUAG